AUGAGCCGUUCAGCGCGCCAGACCGCGCUCGGCCGUCGCUGGCCGCGGUGCGCGCUCGCCGCCGUGCUCCUCGUCUGCUCGUGCAGCUUCACAGCCGCAACGAAAGCGGUUCCCGCCCAAGUGGUUCCAGCGCGCUCCGAGGCCUCGGCAGGGGACGCGGCGAGCGGCGUUCCUCUGCUGGAGCCGCUGGAGGAGAGUGCAGCGAGAAGAAGGCAACGAAGAGCGCAGCGCGACGAGGCCGCUCCGGGCGCGUCGCAGAGCGCCGGACAGCCAUGGGGGUAUCGAGCAGACGAGUCGACCGCACGCUCUGUGGCUGCCUGGGACGAAGCAUCCACGGGAGGGGCGGAGUCGGCGAGGCGCCGUGGACACAAAGAUGGGCGAGAGAACCGACGCUCAAGAGAGCCCAGUGAAGAAGAUCGCGAGCGAGACGACACAGCGAGCGAGGAGCGCAGGUCAGAGGGGCGGGACGCGUCGGAGAGAAGGUGGAGGGAGAAAAAGAGGAGGAGCGCCGAGGAUUCGCAAGAUGCGAGAACGAGCGAGACAGGGGGAGGCGGGCGGGCAAGAGACGCCGGCAGCUCUCAGGGAUCGCAGAGACACCGAGGAGAGGGCGGCCGAGCACAGCGAGAGAGCGACAGGGAAGCGAAGGAGCGGAGAGAAGUGGACCGAAGAAAAAGGGAGGAGAACCUCUGGCGCGACGACGAACAGACUGCCAAUCGCUGGGCUUGGCGCAAGGGCGCCAGCGUGAGAACGAAGAGCGUAGUCAAGACGAACCAUUUACCGUUCGAGGACGGCGGAUACCUCUUCCGCGACUCCGAAAGGCAUCCAUCGGCGAGAGCCACAGGCUUCAUCUCGAAACUCAAGACGGCGUUGACGGGAAACCGCGCGGGACGCACGGGGAAAGUCGGGAAAGGCAGCGCCAGUGCGUACUGGAACUCCUUGCUUGGCGUACUUGGAGUUGCGCUGCUGGCAGUGGCGUUGAAGAGUCAGCUCAAUGCGGAGCGCCUGCUCGUCACGGCUUCAAAGCAGCUGCAGAGGUCAGAGGAGCUCAUUGCACUUGCCAAGUUGCUCGAGUCCGGGCAAACGCCCGAGACGGCCGCUGUAGCCGGAGAGUCUCCGGCCGACGGGGCGGGCGCGGCAGGCGCUGCAGCGCCAAAGGACCCCGAAGCAGGCCGAACUGAACGCGGGUGGACCGUCGGUCUCCCCCGUUUCUGGGCGCGGAAACGGGCGGCUUUACCGCCGACUUCGAGUAGAGACACCAGGGAGGCGGACCCAGCUGUGAUUUCCGAACGGAUCGUACGGCCGAAACGGCCCCCGGAGAUCGACAGUCGACGCAGCAGCCUCCACGUCGAAUCCAAAGGCCGUUCCUCUCCCAAAAAAUAUCAACACAACGAAGAUGCACUGGAUCUCGGUUACUGGAGACGGCGUCACGGCAAACAGGGAGCGGAAAUCGCCCGCCAAGCGUAUCGCGAUAGAACGCGGUGGGACGAGGCCUAUGGCGAGCCCGACUUUGGCGGCGCAAUGCACCACAGGCCGCAUGCAGAGGAACUGGAAAAGGCGGAUGAUCAGCUGGCGCAUGUGACACGAGAUAAAAAAAAGACGACUGGGCAACGGCUGCAGAGAGUCCUGUUCAGUGACUUGGGUCAGCGCUUCACUCGCAGUCUCCUCGGCGCUCAGCGCCUGCGCCUGCUUCCGUCGCAGCUCAAGGGCGUUUGCGUGCCUCGGGUUCCUGGACAGCCGUUCCAAAAAGGUCGGGAUUGA